AUGAUACAAUUUAUUCUUCUCUUCAGCCGACAAGGUAAACUCCGUCUUCAAAAAUGGUAUACAUCACAAACAGAUAAAUCAAAGAAGAAAAUAACGCGUGAAAUUAUUGCAGCUGUACUUUCACGCAAACCAAAAAUGUCUAGUUUUCUCGAAUGGAAAGAUCUUAAAGUAGUUUAUAAACGUUAUGCUAGUUUGUAUUUUUGUUGUGCAAUUGAACAAGAUGAUAAUGAAUUAUUAACACUUGAAACAAUUCAUCGUUAUGUUGAAUUACUUGAUAAAUAUUUUGGAAGUGUUUGUGAACUUGAUAUAAUAUUUAAUUUUGAAAAAGCCUAUUUUAUCUUCGAUGAAUUUAUUCUGGGUGGUGAAGUACAAGAAACAAGUAAAAAAAGUGUUUUAAAGGCUGUUAAUGAUCAAGAUGUUAUUCAAGAGGAAGAAUUAGAAGAAAAACGAAGUGUAUUAGAAGAUCUUGGUUUGGCUUAA